GGCGCAGUGCGACUUCGGAGGCGCGGGCUGACCCCUCCGCGGGUUUGGAUCCGGGUCAGUCAGGCGCUGCGAUCCGGGAGAGACGACCUGAACUGACGGGACUGGAUUCCCGGAGCGCCCCAGCUGCGAGGAGUAUUAACGGCAACAUCCAUAGUAGUGUAAAAACUUUCACAAUGAAAUCUGAAGCCAAGGAUGGAGAAGAGGAGAGUCUACAAACUGCUUUCAAGAAAUUAAGAGUGGAUGCAUCAGGGUCCAUAGCAUCUCUGUCUGUUGGAGAAGGCACAAAUGUCAGAGCAUCAGUCAGAACAUCAGCAGAUGAUACCAAACCGAAAACCUCAUGUGCACCUAAAGACAGUUGGCAUGGGUCUACAAGGAAGUCUUCACGAGGAGCAGUAAGAACCCAGCGUCGUCGACGUUCUAAGUCUCCUGUCCUUCAUCCUCCAAAGUUUAUACAUUGCAGUACAAUAGCUUCUUCUUCCAGCAGCCAGCUCAAGCACAAAAGCCAGACUGACUCCCCUGAUAGCAGCAGUGGGCUGGGAAUUUCCACCCCUAAAGAGUUCACUGCAGGAGAAUGCUCUACUUCUCUCGAUACUAAUCCCACAGGGGCAGUCGUUGAGCCUUUGAGAACUUCGGUUCCCAGGCUCCCAUCAGAGAGUAAGAAGGAAGACUCCUCUGAUGCUACCCAAGUCUCCCAAGCAAGUCUCAAGGCCAAUGAUCUCUCUGACUUUCGAUCCGUUUCCAAGCUAAACCAGGGCAAGCCAUGUGCAUGCAUAGGCAAGGAGUGCCAGUGUAAGAGAUGGCAUGAUAUGGAAGUGUAUUCCUUUUCAGGCCUGCAGAGUGUCCCUCCCUUGGCCCCAGAACGAAGAUCCAUGCUUGAGGACUAUUCUCAGUCGCUCCACACCAGAACUCUGUCUGGCUCCCCCCGCUCCUGUUCUGAGCAAGCUCGAGUCUAUGUGGAUGAUGUGACCAUUGAGGACCUGUCAGGCUACAUGGAAUAUUACUUGUAUAUUCCCAAGAAAAUGUCCCACAUGGCAGAAAUGAUGUACACCUGAUAGCAAGAAGCUAAGUAAUAUGCUUUAAACCAAUGAAGGGUUGUCAGAGAGAUUUAGUUAAUGGCAGACCUUGCGGCCACGUUAUGUGAGAAGACAUCUCCUUCAGCUCACUGUGCUUGCAAUAAAAACUUUUCUUGGCAUCUC